UUUACACUUGCCCUCUCAACCAAGCAUAUCGGAGACCAUGUACGCUGGUGUGGACAAGUAUGGCGGUGCACUUGUAGGCGAGGGUCAACCUGACGGUAGUGCAUCGAACACGACAACUCAUUCCUCUGGAUUAUCACUCGAAGAUGCGAUCGAGACUGCCGCCGCAGAAGAGACCGUGGUAGUGGACGUGUCCUAUUCGUAUUUGGAGGACGAAGAUGACCCAAAUUCCGUGGUCUCCGGUGUGUCCAAGGUACUUCUGUCCGCUCAAUUGAACCCCGAAGCCGGUGGACUUAUGUGGGUCGAACAAAACAGUCCGCAAGAGGCCUACAAGAACGUUGUAGCCAUGUCUCAAAUGACGUCCAUGCUGCGGGAUAAGGACCGCAACGACUGCUACGACCGCGGCAUCAAGCGCGCCAUCGCCAAGUUUAAAACCGAAAAGGGUCGUGCCCCGAUAGUACUCGACAUCGGGACUGGCACCGGAUUACUAUCGAUGUUUGCAGCUACACACGGGGCCGAGCACGUGUACGCAUGCGAGAUGUUUGUGCCCAUGGCCGAAAUCGCCGAACAGGUUACGGCGGCCAACCAUCCUGGCACGAUAACGGUCUUCAAACUGCGUUCCACAGAUUUAAAGGUCACACCGGAUAAGAUACAGGAUAAGGAUCCCAACACCGUAUACCACCUCCCUCGACGUGCUGACAUGCUAGUGUCGGAGCUCUUCGACUCCGUAUUACUGGGCGAAGCGGUGCUGCCUACGAUCCGUCAUGCCAUGCAGCAUCUACUGACUCCAGACGCUGUUAUUGUACCGGAAAGGGCCACCGUGUUCGCUCAGGUUAUUGAGAGCGAGCCAGUCUUCCACUUCAACAGCUUCGAAGUACAGGAUAAGACCACUGGUCCAAAGUUGGCUAGAAGUGACACGGCGUGGCAAUGUGAAGGUGGCAAACCGGCACUGCCGGUGCAUUUCCAAUCGCUAGAGAACGACUCUACGUUUCUGACGAAGCCGACGAAAGUGCUAAGCUUCGAUUUCACAAAGCCAACGACAGGCGCUGCAAAGUACCAGGAGACUAUAGUCGAUGUGGUUACGGCUGGAAAGGUACAAGCGGUACUCAUGUGGUGGGAAGUGAGUUUCGAUGAACACAACAGCGUCAUGUACUCAACGAAGCCAGAUGCUCAGAACUGGCAGGAUCACUGGGUGCAGGUCGUUUUCCCACUAGUGGGGGGCAUUCAGACACAGGUUAAGGACAAGCUUAUGUUGCGUGCUCACCACGAUGACAUCCGUAUCUGGUUCGACGUCGAAUCUUUGCCAGCCAAAGACUCGCCUAAGAAAGCCAAGCGUACCGUGGUCAGUGAGAAGCCUCCGUGCACCUGUGGCCUGCAUCUCAUCUGUAACGCUGAGCGGAUCUCAAUGCUAACGGACACUGCACGACGUGAAGCUUACAACUCAGCCGUGGCUUCCGCAGUGGCUGAACUGACCAAAACAGAGCCUCUGCGUCCGAUUGCGUGUCUGGACAUCAGUGACGGAUCUUUGGGAGCGCUUCUGGCUGCUUCACACAAGCAGGUCUCCAGCGUCACCUCCAUCGAGUCCAAGGAGGUAUCUGCGCGGAUUUUCGACCAGAUUUUGACGUAUAAUAACGCUAACGCCGAGGUUCUUAACAGCGGUGUUAAAGGGCUACUGCCUGAGCACCUGAAAGACGAACCAUCGAGCGUGGAUCUGCUGGUUGGUGAACCUUUCUACUACUCGAUGCAGAAUCUUCCGCUUUGGCAGGCAUUCAACUUCUGGCUUCGACGAUCAGCUGUGGAUGGAUUGUUGCACCCGAAGGCUCGUGUGUUGCCUGCUAGGGCGAGAGUGUUGGCGCAAGCUGUGCGAUUCAAGCACUUGCACCAAUGUUUUGGAGCAGUGGGAAAUGUUUCAGGGUACAACCACAGUUGGUUCGACCAGUUUCAAGACGAGUACUACACCCGUAACUUUCCCUUUCCUGCGUAUAUGUACCCAUACGAACAAGCCUCGGAGGUUGUCGAACUGGCAGCGAUGGAUUUCACGCAGACAGUGCACACGGUCGCUACGAAAUCCUCGAUUAAGGUUAAGGAUCCUGCAGCGAAUGCUGUGAUUGUCUGGGUCGAAUACGACUUGGAUGGUGCAGGCAAGCACGUGGUGGCUACAGGCCCUGCUGUACGAUACGCAAAGCAGCUCAUCCGCUUCCUCCCGCCUGUGUCACAUGCAGCUUCUGGUACUGCAUCGAACCGUAUGGUCGAGUCAAAAUUCUGCUUCGACUCACUGGAAGGUACGAUCGAUCUCACCUUUGAAGCGAAUUAGACAGACAAUAAAUGCGUAUGUGUUCACCUAUUUCCGUUUAAACUCGUCUCGUUGGUCUACUGAUGAGUGAAGCAC